CUAGUACGUACGCGAUCCCAUUAUAAUUCCCUGUUGAACAACAAUAACUGUCCAUCAUCUACCUGCAAUUACUCAAGAGAUGAGCAUGGUCGACGGACUGUAAAAAUGGCUGUGGAUGAUGGAGAUCAGCCUGAGCGGUGCUCGGCUUCAGCAAGCAGCACCGGGAGACGCAGUACUGCACAGCUAACCAGAAAGCAAAGGCCACAUAGGAGUAUCGCAUUUUUGCUCUUCGGAUCGUCAGUUUAUGGUUUCUCUCGUAGAGAUUCGAAUUUGAGUACCUACAUAUGAUGUAGAUCAAAGCUGGUUGGAGGAAGAUGAUGCUGUCGUUGUUGUUGUUGACCAGUUGCCUCGUUGAUAAAGAUCUGUGAAGCAAUCUCAACGAUUUUCAUGUAUUAUUUAAUAGGACUCCUGCUUAGAAGGUGACGCUAGAACGACAACGCCGAGCCAUCACAACAUGCCAUGACUUUCAUUCUCUAGCUGCUAUCAGCGAUCGAGAUACGGAUCUGAGCUGCAAAGGGACGCAGAAGGAAUACGCGGAAUGUGAGGUAGAGCCAUGUGGGCGGGACCCAUGUAUGGAUUGUGUGUGGUCAGAGUGGGCACCACUAUCCGCAUGUUCCUGUGAGGGGCUACGAGAACGACAUCGCGUCAUUGCACAGCAAAGCAAUUCGUGCGGAAAGCCGUGCGAGGGUAGCUGCUUCCUAGAAUUUACGAUAUUUCCCUGUGAUUUCACGACUAGAAAAGCAAAGCACCUGCAUCUCCAAUGACAAAGGUCUAAAAACAACUCUUCGACGCCAACAAAGGUCCCAAAGUCGAGACUGUACGGUGCAUACCUGACUGUCACAAGACCCCUAUAGACUGCCAACUGUCGGCGUGGUCGUCAUGGGGCAGGUGUUCAAAGGAUUGCGGAGGUGGCCAGCGCAACCGCACUCGAACUGUCGAAGUCGAGGCAGCACAUGAUGGCAAAACAUGCGAUGGGGCUUUGAUUAAGGCUAGUAACGCUGAAGCAAGUCCAUGUCCUUAACACCAUGAUCCUCGGAUCUUCUUUUCCUACUCUGGAAUAGGCGGAGCCAGGGAUUUGACUCUCAAGGAAGAUGCGACUAGGAUAGCGCUAAUUUGAGCGAGGUCGAGCCGUGUAAUACCGCACCGUGUGAAGCACCGGUCGACUGCGUGCUUGGCGAGUGGAGCAGCUGGGACUACUGUUCGGAAGUUAUGAGUCUCUUUCUAUUUUUUAGAGUAUAGUUUGAAGCUAAUUUUUAUGUUAUUUCAUUUGACUCUAAAACUUCAACAACCUAUGGUUGUGUAUCUUGUUCUCUAAUCACAAAUGCGGUGGCGGACAGACUACGCGAACGAGAGUUGUGCAGACCGUGGCGAAGUACUUAUACUUAGAAUUAGUUCCUUUGUACUGCUGCUAUGCUGUAACCUCGGGGACGAUAGCCGAGAUAUCAUGUGCCGACUAAAAACGACACGCAAAAAGUUUGUUUUUGGCCCACUAACAACUUCGAGAAUCGUAGAGUGUUUCUCGCCCAAAAAUCCAAAUCGAUUUUCACACACACCAGGAGCGGCGGGUUGCCAUGCACUGGCGGACUUAUCGAGACGAAAGAUUGCAACACGCAGGUUUGUGAAGUCGAUCGCGAUUGUGUCUGGGAUGAGUGGCAGGAGUGGAGCACCUGUUCGAGGACUUGUGUUAUGUAAGUACAUCGUAUAUAUAAUUGGUCUACUCUUUCGUCAAGAAUUCCAGUGUUAGUUUUAGGUGAUUCAUUGCUUUUCUUUCGCUUGCAUCCACGGGAUUGAGCACUUGCAACGAAGAAAGAACACCCCUCUUCAAGCUGAAGACGCUCUAGCGCAUCGUCUCCAGUUUAAGAAGACGCGUUCUUUCCUACAAGAAGACGCUCUCGCGCAUCAUCUCCAGUGUUACAUGCGAUUCAUCUCCAGUCUCUCUAACGGCUGCAUCGGUACCAAAGGGCGUGAACGCAUGAUAAAGCAUGCGCCCCGUGGGCAGGGAGCCUUGUGUGAACCUAGAGACAUGGCCGAAAUGGAGAAGUGCGACAUGGGCCUGUGCCACGCCGCAGUAGACUGUGUCUUCGAAUCCUGGUCACCGUGGGGAGAAUGCAGCGCAAGUUGUCAUGGGGUAGAACUAGUAGCUAUGAUUAGGGACUAAGUAGAUUAGCUAUGAUGGAUUUUUGGGGUACAACUAAGUAGCUAUGGCGGAUUUUGUGUUAGUAGCUAUGAUGAAUUUGUGUGCAGCGAUGAUUAGGGCUUAGGGUUUCAGGGGUAAUAACUUACUUGAUGAUGGCUUUUCUGUUUCAGGGAUAAUAAUUUACUUAAUGAUGGAUUUUCUGUUUCAGGGGUAAUGAUUUACUUGAUGUGUUACUUAUUUUUUUCAGGAGAAAGAACUUUCUGUGUAGAAGUUGUGCAUUUAUCUACUUUGGAGUAGGCACCACAUGCGCUUGACCUCGCAGACCUAUCUCGCUCUCCAAGAAUGAAUUUAAGUGCAACUACUUGUCACCACUCACCAGGUGCAGCAACGAACACGACACAUUGCCGCCACACCUAAGUACGGUGGAGCGGCAUGUGAGGGCUCACUUACGGAGAUGCAAGGGUGUAAUAAUGCUGAGUGCUUCGAAGGUGACGCCCAUAUUAAGGCAACCAAAAGUGCGUCCCCAGCGUCAUUCUUGCCCUCUUUUUCAAGGGGAAAGAGGGUUGGUCCACAGAUGGCAUCAGGGAUGCGAAGUGGUAGCUCUAAUCACCGAAACGACCCAGUAGAUUGCGUCUUGUCAUAUUGGAAAGACUGGUCUGAGUGCUCAGUAAGUUGCGGUGGCGGCACACGCACGCGGUCAAGGCGUAUCGUCACACCAAGCGCACACGACGGAGAAGCAUGCAAUGGGGCUUUAUCAGAGGUAGAGCCAUGCAACGUCGAAAUAUGCCCAAAGGAUGUAGUGCCCGUGGUUGAGGCGGUAAGCUUUGGAUUUUCUGACAGAUUUUCUAAGUCUGAUUCUUCACCCUCUGUUUGCAAACGGAAUUUCAAAUCUUUAUCUUCAUAUAUUUUUCUUGUUUUUUCCGAGUGCUAGUUAGGUAAUUCUCCCCGCAUUAUUAGGUAGAUUGCGCGUGGGCGCAAUGGGAAGAAUGGGGUGAAUGCUCAGCAUCCUGUGGCGUAGGCCAGAAAUUCCGUACUAGGAAAAUAGCACAAGAGGCUAGUAUGACAGGGAAUGCUUGCGACCCUAAUGCAGCUAUGGAAGUAACGCAAUGCAAGCUGAAGCCUUGUGUCGGUAAACCCUAGGCUAGUCUUCAUCCAUUAUUUCAUGAUGCUUAUGCUGUAUUUAGUGGAAUGGUAUAGAAACAAUGACUCUGAGAUGGAGAAAUAACAUACUUACAGAACAAAUCACAAUGUUGACAAACGAUACUCUACAAUUGCAUCAUAAUGUUGACAAGCGAUUAACUACACUCGAAAAUCUACCAGCUGUGGACUGCCUCUGGUCCGAAUGGUCUAGCUGGUCCGACUGCACGUGCAGUUGCUUGCAGGAAAGGCAUAGAGAAAUCGCACAACACUUUGCGGGUGAAGGAAAGCCAUGCGAUGGCCCUAAGGUCGAGACACAGCAUUGCGAUGCACACUGUGAAGCAGAGCCGAUUGACUGUGAACUCUCCUCAUGGUCACAUUGGUACUAUUUUUCAGUUUAAAUUUGAAAAACAGUCACAACUUCUUCGACGCAUAUUCAAAGACACCUCCAAAUUUCAUAUUUUUUUAUUGGAUAUAAUCUCAAAAAUCUAUCACCCUUUAUCAAGAAUCAUGAUCGUCUGUCUAUCCUAGGACUGCCUGCUCCGAACCCUGUGGGGGCGGCCAGCAAGAACGAACGCGGAAAGUGCUAGUACAUCCAGAAUACGGAGGCAAAAGCUGCGAUGGCGGUUUGGAGGAAAUGAAGGCCUGCAACACUGAAACCUGUGAAAAGUCGGUGGAUUGCGUUGUAGCCGAGUGGAGCGACUGGGGAGAUUGUUCGUACUAUAAAAUUUCGAAAAUCAAAACUCCUUAUCUAUGAUUUUAUUUUCGUAAGAAUUCUGCAAGUGUUGUUUUUAUUUUCGUAAGAAUUCUGUCAGUGUUGUUGUUUGAAUUUCCUGUACGUGGUCGAACAGUGCAACCUGUGGCGGUGGUGAGCAGCAUCGGGGCAGGAAGAUCUCACGGGAGGCGAAGAACGGAGGCGCACCGUGUCAGGAUGAGCUUUCACAAGUUCGGGGUUGCGGCAAGACGCCAUGCCAGACACCAGUAGACUGUGUGUGGGGUGAGUGGUCCGCGUUCGACGAGUGUAGUAAGACUUGUGGCGGCGGCCAGAAAACCAGGACUCGCCAUGUGACGACAUCACCACGACUGGGCGGGAAACUAUGCGAGCCUUUGACAUCCGCGGAAGUCGUUCCAUGUGCAACAGAGAGCUGUGACGCAGGCACAACGUGCAGAAACGGAAAGUGGGGCGAGUGGAGUAACUGGUAAAUCGUAAGACUCUUUGUUGUGGUGCUGGUCAAUACGUGUGUGGGAGUGACCAGUGUACAUUGCAAUGCUUCGAGCAGAUACGCAGAUAUCAAUUAUACUAUCUUGAUUAAUUUCUUUCAAUUUCUUUAAGUUUAAGGUUCUAGCGUCUGCCCACCUUGUUCCCACCAGGUCCAUGUGCAGCACCACUUGCGGUGAGGGCUACCAGUUUCGGCAUCGGCAAGUCGCCUCGGAGCCCAAUGCGUGCGGUGAGCCUGUAACAGGCAAGCAUGAGGAAUUGCAAGUAUGCAAUAUGGGCCAGUGCGAUAACGGACCAGUAUUAAGGCUUCCCCCAAUGAUCCAUCGCUUCUCGGGAGAUGCAUCCUAGCUAGGAGAGAGGCUUUUCAAGUUUUCAGGAUGAAUGACAGGAUGAGGCUCAAGAUGGAUUAGGGUGAACUCUAACAGCAGAUUGCGAGUUCGGAGACUGGUCUAGUUGGGAGCCGUGCUCCUCUAAGUGCAACGGCGUGCACGAGCGAAUGCGUCUUGUAACAGUGUAUAGCAAGAACAACGGCGUCCCAUGCUCAGGAGCAACGAAGCAGGUUCUUGGAAGUGUUAUAAUCUUAUAUAAUCGUUUAGUCGUCAAGAAGAAGUUAACUUUCUGUCUUGUGCGAUAGAUAAAGUUCGUUGUGCCUCCACCUCUGGUUAUAAUUCUACUAUUGUUUGUACAGUACAGUUGUAACACUCCAACAUGGUCGAAUCAUCCGUCCAAACAACUACGUACUUCUCCAGAUUGGUCCAUGCAAUACUGGAAGCAAUUGCGAGUAUAAGGAACCAGUCGAUUGCGUUCUUGGAGAGUGGGGUCUGUGGACUGAGUGCACUGCUGAGUGCGAGACGGGCACAUCGACGAGGAAAAGAAAGAUCGAUCAAUUAUGGUGCCCUUUAGAUGAGCAGGUGGAAGGAAUAAGUGCAGUACUCUAUCUCUAAGACCUACGGACUGGUUGUUUUCAAUCAUGUGAACUUAUCUAUGUCAAAUACUUAGUCAUAAAAGCGACUCUUGCUCUUCUAAUCCAAUAUCCGCUUCGCGGUGGCAAGACCUGCGAGGGCAGUUUGCAGGAAGUCAAGACAUGCAAUGAACAGCGAUGUGAGACCAGCCAUGACUGCAAGUGGUCCGUAUGGGGUGAAUGGGGAAGCUGCGAUAAGCAUUGUGGUGGAGGUACUUGCUCAGUUUUUUCCAGGCUACUUUCGGGUUUUCUUUAGGCUCCUCUCGCAAGCAAUUUGAAGAUAAAGAGCAAAUCUGAUGGAUUCCAUGAAAAACCCCUCUUUCUUUCUGACCACCUUUUACACCCUGCAACCUCCCAGGCGAGCGAACGCGUUUCCGGCACAUAGUGAAGAACCCGAAGCGAAUGGGGACCCCCUGCGACCGAAAAGAGGCUUCAGAGAUCGAGGCUUGUAACACAACCCCAUGUGGCCAUAUAGAGUACUGUGUCUGGAACGAAUGGAGCGUUUGGUCGUCAUGUAGUAAAACGUGUGGCCAAGGCACCAAACAUCGAAAGAGGGCACUGACGAUCAGUGCUGAUGCAUCAACAGCCGAGACGGCGCUGAGCUCCGGAGUUUUUGCAGAACUGUUUCUUAUGAGGUUGGUGUUUAUGUGUAGCUGUAGUACGUUGAUUGAAUGAUGUCUAUAGGACGAAUGACAAUUAUCGUCAUCCAUGGAAGUCGAAUUGCUACAACAGUCGUCGGUUCGAGAUUCUUGAAGCUACACAACACGUACAACUGCAAAUAUCAAUUUUCGAUUCAUAGUCUCAUCCUCUUUCAUUCUCCCCGGCAACAGCAUUCUCGGAGGGACCGGACGUUUUAGCGCAGAUCAUGUGGCGCUUACGUUCGUGGGUGGCAUGGUGUCGAGCACGCUGGCGCUUUUCGCAAUUUACACUGGCCUCAGGCGCUCGCGCUCUAGCCGUUUUGCGCCACUCGAAGAUGAGGAUCUGGUGAUAGAGUAGAGCACUGGAAAACGCUUCAGUAUUUGGCUGUUGAGAACCAUCAUCAACCUAUUUAAAGAAACAACACUGACAUCGUUCACAUUUCACACAAUAGCAAUACAACGAAUACUUCUCAUUUUCAAAUAAUGUCCUCCUAGGUAAAGCAAGCAUAGAAGUUGAACGAAAUCAUUGAUUAAAUCGCCAAAUAGAUAAAUGGUGCUCGAACACCGAAUUGUUGUUUUUCUGAAGAAUUAAUGCCUUAGCGGCCUUGUCGUGGCCGGCUGUUGGUUCGCAGUCUUUUUCUCUUGCGGCACGACGUGCAGCCGCUCUGCUUCCCUUCUUCUUGUUGCGAGUGGGGUGGAAGUCCAAAUUAAUACUCCAUAUCGCAUGCCGUGCACCCUGAUUUAUGAGUCAAUCGUUAGUCCACCUGGUGUGCGAUGAAUUUAGUGAGUUAUUUUUGUUGUUGAGCAAUUUUUUAUACGUAUCGCUUUUUCUUAAUGCACGCUCCAGCCUGCUAUCCCACCAUUUUCCGAACGAUUGCAUUGCAUCUUCGUUUUCAUUACUCCCCAAAAUGAAAAUUUUGGUCUAUGGGAUGAGGCAGGAAAGUCCAUGUUGAGACAGACAUGUAAAAUUAACUUGUGAGGCUGAAACAAACAAAAGUGCAUGUGAGAAAUGACAAAAAGAAAAAGAAUGACUGAGUUCGACUUCGUUCACUGUUUUGACGGGAG